AGAAACUCAAAGUGCACCAGUAACACAAGAUAGUCUCAGCGGCUAUAGUGAGAGAAAGCCAUGGCUGCUGGCUGGAAUGGAGAUCAUGUAUCCAGAGGCAUCAGGAAGGGGUGAGAAUGAAAGCACCAUACCCACAUUCUCCCAAGAUUACAGGCAAAGAGGGAGCUGGAAAGAGUCAAAUCUCCCUCCCCUCUCAUCAGGGGAAGAUCUCCCUGGAGGCAUUUAUGGAGAAUUAUGACCCAAGUGUCCUUCCCAAUGAGACUUACCUGCUCUAUGAAAUAAAAUGGAGCAGUAGCAAAAGGGCCUGGCAGAACUGUUGCCAUAACACCCUCAUAGAGCAUGCUGAAAUCUACUUCCUGGAAGAUGUCUUUAAAAAGCAAAGAUCUGAUCCUUCUGACCACUGCUCCAUCACCUGGUACAUAUCCUGGAGUCCCUGUGGGGACUGCUGCAGGGUAAUCAGGCGUUUCCUGAAGGAACAGUCUAAUGUGAACCUAGUUAUCUAUGUAGCACGGCUCUACUUGCACAAAGAGGAACACAAUCGUCAGGGUCUACAGAGCCUGGUGAACAUCGGAGUGUCCAUCCGAGACAUGGACCUCCCAGCUUAUAGCUACUGUUGGAGAACAUUUGUUGAUGAUGAGGACAAGGAUGAAGAUGAUUAUUGGCCCAGGCAAUUUGCUCCAUGGAUAAUGCUAUAUUCUCUUGAACUCCAGUCCAUCCUUCAGAACAUUCCAUCUUGCUUAGAGAUUUCAACAGGUGAGAACCAGACUCCAGUUUUCAGCCUAUGUGUAGAAGAUGAUCAACAGAAAAGAGCACUCACAUCUGCCAAUCCCUGAUAGCCACCAUUAUCCUGUCCUGGGCAGCCAACCAGUCUCUGGAAGCCAUGAGUGUCUUGAACCAGGCCAUCAUGGGGGAGGGAUGUUAACACUAGAAUGUUUAAUCAUUUCAAUUUGAUUUAGUUACUAUUAGCCAUUUCCUUGCCAUUAGUUCAGCUUGUAGCCUUUUGAAAAGUGAAUCAUGUUUAAAUGUUUAAUGUUUUACAGUGACUGGGUCAUGUUAACACCUGUGACUCAGUGUACGGGUUUAUUCCAUCACAGUUAAAACAAGAGUAUCUUGCUUAUUCUGCAGCCAGUGCUAUUUCACCAAAUGAAACAUAACUCAUUAUUCAUUUACAUAUAUAGCGACCUUAGAGAGGAUUUAUUCUCCGGGGUUAUUUGUUUGAAUUAUUUUUCUCUUGAGAGAUUUCUAGGUUUUACUUUCUGUGUCAUUUGUGAACAUAACAUUUGAAUAAAAUAUCUAUAAUCUAAGGA